UGUUAGUAAAUAACCAAUAACCAAAAUAAAUAAAAGAUGAACACAAUAAUAAGAAAAUAUAUACAAUAUAUAUUUAUUAUCAUAUAUAUAAAUUUAUUUAAUCAUAUUUAUUGUGAUUCAAUUGUCGCAGUUGAUUUCACCGUCGAGGGAAAUGGAUUUCACAGGACAAUAAAUUAUCAAGUAUCAGCUGAAAAAUACAUAAAUUAUGACUGUCAUGUCGCAUUACAUCUAGUACUACCACCAGUUUUAUACGUCAAUAUUAAUGAACUCGCUGAUCUUCAGCGAUUUACCAGCAUGAGAGCAUGUGCAGUCGGUGAAACAAACGUCGAGUUAUUUGCCGAAGAAGCUCAACCACAAGCAGUAACAAUAUGCACUCCUUUAAAUUUUGAUAAGACGACGUUGAAUCUGACAAUUCACCAGCGUUAUCAGCGUGCUAAGGAAAAAGAAGACUACGCAAAUGUUAUUUUACCCCAACCAAAACUUUUGCUCGGUUGUAAGAAACGUAUUAAAGAAUAUCAAGUGUCUUUAAUUGAUUUAUGCGACUCAUGUGUUGGCUUUGCUACCAAAUGGCGGGAAAUUCCUUAUCAAACUGAAACCAAAGACUACAUGUGGAUCAUGCCAAUAGGAGAAUUAACCCACCGUUCAUACGUAACUUACAUAACUUUAUUUACAAGCGUCAUCGGCACUCUAAUUAUAUUCAAAGCACUCUGGUCAUUAAAUUCGACCGAUCACUUAAAAGACGACUGAGGAUUUCUCUAGGAUUCUCAGAGAAACAAAGACGGCAAUAUAUAUUUACAUUCUAAAAGAAAUAUACCUGAGAAAUAAUUUUUUAAAAUGCAACUAUAAAAUGUUUUUUUUUGCAAUCAAGCAUUUGUACUUUGAAGAAAAGCUUAAUAUCAAAAAUCUUAAAUCAUUUAUCAGAUUAAUGUUAUCAUUAAAACUUUUUCUAUUGAUUAUCAACUUUUUCCCUCUCGUUCCUCGUACUCAUGCUUGUGUAUGACGAAAGAGUAAAUGAUACGAUUAAUUUAAUAAGACAAUGUUAUUAUAAAUAUAAAUAUCAAUACUAUUUAUUAGAAAUUAUGAUUAAUGGAAAAUUUACUGUCUCUUGAUUUAUUUUGUAAUUAAAAUGAUAAACUUACAUUCGUU